AUGUUCUUCCCUUCUAAGUCUGAUGUGCAAUUAAAAGGACUCAGUGACAAUGAUUGGGCUACAUGUGUGGAUUCUAGGAGAUCUAUUACCGGCGAUUGUGUUUUUAUUGAUAAUUCUCUCAUCUCUUGGAAAUCUAAAAAACAAAGUACUGUCUCGAGAUCAUCUUCUGAAGCUGAAUACCGGGCAUUAGCCAUGACUACAUGUGAGAUACAGUGGCUUCUCUAUUUGCUUGAUGACCUUAAAAUUCCUCAUUCUAAAGCUGCUUUGAUAUACUAUGACAGUCAGUCUACAAUUCAGAUUGCUUCCAACCCUUCAUUUCACAAGCGGACAAAGCACAUUGAAUUGGAUUGCCAUUUGGUGUGA